AGCAAAGUUUGGAACCGUGGCAAGAACGUGUUCGCGUCCGACACUUCCUCCGUGACACAGUUUAUAUGCAAAAUAUCACACCAUAAACGUCGGUCGGCGUCGGGAAGUUAGCUUGAUCCACAGAGAAGAAGAGGACGAAGAAAUCACAUUUUCCAAUCCUCUUCUUCUCCAUUAUCUUUACCAUAGUUUUUCCAUAUUCUUAUUAUUACCUCUUUCUCGAAAAAAAGCGACCAAUUUUAUUGAGCCGCGAAUUAUAUAUAACAUGGCGGAUCAGGAGGAAUUUGUGAAAUGCGUAGAAGACGGAAUAAGGCUAUCAAAACGAAUAUAUUUCGGCAAAGACCGUGCCGUUGCGCCGCCUAAGCCGAUGAUGGCAAUGGAUAAGGCGGCGCAAUCGUACUUGCCGACGUCACCUAUGAUGUAUGCUGUGAUUGAGAAUCCUGCCAUUGUUGAUAACCCCGAUAUUCCGAGUUAUCAACCUCACGUGCAUGGCAGGUGCGAUCCACCUGCUUUAAUUCCGCUUCAGAUGAACGGCGUUUCGGUUGCGGCUGAUUGUUAUUUUGAUACGGCGGUUAUUACCGUUACGGGUUCGUGGCGUUUGCAUUGCGUUAUGAGUAGCCGUAGCUGUGACUGUCGUUUUGCUGUUCCUAUGGGCGAACAGGGUUCAAUUCUAGGUGUCGACGUUGAGUUACCAAGGAAAUCUUACAGCACUAAACUAGUCGCUGAAGAUGAUGAAAGGGAAAUUGUAAAGUUAGCCAAAGUUGAAGAUGGAUGCUUUCUCAAGCCCCGUAUUUUUACCGUCACAAUACCAGAGAUUGAUGGUGGAACCUGUAUCUCAGUAACAAUUAGAUGGUCUCAGAAGUUAUUGUAUCGCGAUGGCCAUUUUCACUUGAAUAUACCCUAUAGUUUCCCAGAGUACGUGACUCCAGUUGGAAAGAAGAUGUCUAAGAAAGAAAUGAUACAGUUAAAUGUUAAUUGUGGUCCGGGGACUAAGGUUUCGUGUAAGACUAUCAGUCACCCUCUUAAGGAGCUAGAGCAUGAAGCUGGAAAGUUGUGCUUGUUCUAUGAAGCUGAUGUCCUUAAUUGGUCAAGUAGCGACAUUGUGUUUACUUACAAGAUUUCUUCAAGUCCUACAUAUCAUGGCAGUAUACUUCUGCAAUCGCCGCUACAAAAUGACACUGACCAGAGAGAGAUGUUCUGCUGCUAUCUCUUUCCAGGUGCUCAAGAAUGUAGAAAGGUCUUCAGAAAGGAAGUGAUAUUUGUUGUUGAUAUAAGUGGGAGCAUGAAAGGAAAACCAAUCGACGAUACCAAACAAGCUCUCUCUGUAGCAUUAUCAAAACUUGAUCCCCAAGAUUUGUUUAAUAUAAUCGCUUUCAACAGUGAAGAGUACCUAUUUUCAUCAUCACUAGAGGUUGCAAGCAAGGAGGCUAUUGACAAUGCAACUCAGUGGAUUGACAUGAACUUUAUUGCUGGUGGCGGUACAAAUAUCUUGAAUCCAUUGAAACAGGCUAUCGGGAUGUUGUCUAAAUCUAACGCUGGAGAAUCCAUGCCUAUCAUUUUCCUGAUCACGGAUGGAGCUGUUGAAGAUGAAAGACAGAUAUGUGAAUUCAUGAAGAGUCAUCUAAUACAAAACAGAACAAUGUGCCCACGACUUUACACAUUUGGCAUCGGAUUGUUCUGCAACCACUAUUUUCUGCGCACACUAGCAAUGAUGAGCCGUGGCCAUUAUGAUGCUGCUUUAGAUGUUGAAUCACUCGAAAUUCGUUUGGAGAGGCUGUUCUCCAGGGCAUCAUCCAUCAUCCUUGCGAAUAUUGCCUUUGAGAACCUUGAUGGUCUUGAAGAAUUCGAGGUAUUUCCCUCUCAAAUUCCAGACCUCUCAUCUGAAGGACCAAUAGUCUUAUCCGGCAGAUACCGAGGAGUAUUCCCUGAGAUGCUCAAAGCUAAAGGAAUCCUAGCAGACAUGAGAAAUUUCUCUGUGGAGUUAAAAGGGAUUGAGUCCAAAGACAUACCUCUUGACAAGAUAAUGGUAAAGCAGCAGGUUGAUAUACUCACAGCUCAGGCCUGGUUUACAGAAAAUAAGGAUCUCGAGCAGAAGAUAGCAAAAAUGAGUGCACAACAUGCAGUAGUCUCUGAGUAUGCACGCAUGGCAUUGGUAUCGACAGAAAGAGUAAGAGUCAUUAAGCCAACCACGAAAAGGAAGGUUCAUUCUGAUGCUGAGAAGAUAGAGGAGCGUAUAGUAGAGAAGGCGAUACUGCUACACUACCUUGGCAUUGGUUUUGGUAACCUCACAGCAACGAUUGAGAAUAUUCCUCCUGGAGCAAUCGAGACAGAGGACGAAGCAGCAGAAAUUAUCGCGAAAGCAACAUCUAAUUGUUGCGGAAAAUUGUGUGGUAUAUGCUGCUGUUGUGGUUGCUGUAUUAGGACAUGUUCAAAGAUGAAUCAUCAGUGUGCAAUUGCACUAUCACAGUUGCUAGGUGCAUUGGGAUGUUUAGGUUGCUUUGCUUGUUGUCAAUACUGCUGCUGUGGAAAUGAUAAGUGAGAAGAAAUUACAAACUUAACUUACCACAAGAUUUUGUUGUCAAAUAUGACAGAUUAUACAAUUAGAUGAUAGUGAACAUUUUUCAUGGGUUUUUUCUCCUCAUAUUUUGUAUCAAUUGGAAUACAAUAUUUUGUCAAUAGGCACAUAUUUAUUCUACUAAGUAGUUGGUAUCAAGAAUGUUGUCAAUUGCUACCAACUUUUUGUAAAUAACUGUUGAAUUGGUUUUGGAUAUUUGUAACUGGGGAGAAGAAAAUAACAAGUCAAGAUAGAUUAUA